GCGGUGUGAGGGCAGCACCGGCAGCAGCAGCAAUAGCAGCAGCAGCAGCAGCAGCACUCCGCGGGCUGGCGGCGCUCCGCGGGCUGGCGGCGCUGGGAGCACGGCAGCGGGCUGCCCCGCAGGGCUCGACGCUCCGCCUCGUCCCCGCCGGCCGCCGCACCCCGCCCGGGUCCCGCGGGUGCAGCAUGAAGCGCGGCGAUGAUGGCACGGCGGGGUAAGACGGCGGCGCGGACGCUGGAAGACCUGACGCUGGACUCCGGCUAUGGUGGAGCGGCGGACUCGGUGCGCUCCUCCAACUUGUCGCUGUGCUGCUCGGAUUCGCACCCCGCGUACCCCUAUGGAGGAAGCUGCCGGCCGCACCUAACUGACUCCAUGCACAGUCGCCACAACAGCUUCGACACCGUCAACACCGUCCUAGCGGAAGACUCCGAGGUGCUGGACUGCGCGGGGCAGCACUGCUCCCGGCUCCUGCCCGACCUUGAGGAGGUCCCCUGGAGCCUGGAGGAGGUGGAGGCGCUGCUGCAGCCGCCGCAGCCGCGCCGGGAUCCGCGGGCGCCGGGCGGCGGCGGCGGCGGCGCGGCGGGGCGGGAUGCGGCGGCGCGGCUGUCCACGCUGGUGAGCCGCGCUCUGGUGCGCAUCGCCCGCGAGGCUCAGCGCCUCAGCCUGCGCUUCGCCAAGUGCACCAAGCACGAGGUGCGCAGCGCCAUGGAGAUCGUGCUGGGCUGGACGCUGGCCGCCCGCUGCACGGCGGCCGCCCUCGGAGCCCUCUCGCUCUACAACAUGAGCGGCAGCGGAGGGGACCGCUUCAGCCGCGGCAAGUCGGCGCGCUGCGGGCUGGCCUUCUCCGUCGGCAAGUUCUACCGCUGGAUGGUGGACAGCCGCGUGGCCCUGCGCAUCCACGAGCACGCCGCCAUCUACCUGACGGCCGGCACCGAGAGCCUCUUCCGCGACAUCCACGCUCGGGUGCUGGCCGGGGCCGGGCCCUCCGCCCCGCUGCCGCCGCCCGGCCGUACCACCCCCGGUGCGGCCGCCGGCCCGGCCGAGAGGGAGAAGGAGGGCGCCGAGGGGCCGCGCUUCACGCUGGAGGCUCUGGAGCAGACGGUCAACAACGACCCCGAGCUUUGGGGGCUGCUGCAGCCCUACCAGCACCUCAUCUGCGGGAAGAACGCCAGCGGUGUUCUCUGCUUGCCGGACAGCUUGAACCUUCACAAAGACCAGCAACGGUCAAACAAGCCUGGGGAAGUGCAGAUGUUCAGCCAGUCCGAGCUAAGGACCAUCGAGCAGUCUUUACUGGCUACACGUGUGGGGAGCAUUGCAGAGCUCAGUGACCUCGUAUCCCGAGCCAUGCACCACCUCCAGCCACUGAAUGCCAAGCAACACGGGAAUGGCACACCAAUGCACCAGAAGCAGGGAUCACUCUACUGGGAGCCGGAGGCUUUGUACACCCUCUGCUACUUCAUGCACUGCCCGCAAAUGGAGUGGGAAAACCCAAAUGUGGAGCCAUCAAAAGUCACGCUGCAGACUGAGAGGCCGUUCAUCGUGCUGCCGCCCCUGAUGGAGUGGAUUCGGGUCGCCGUGGCUCACGCAGGGCACCGUCGCAGCUUCUCGGUGGACAGUGAUGACGUACGGCAGGCAGCCAGGCUUCUGCUGCCUGGAGUUGACUGUGAACCUCGACAGCUAAAAAUCGACGACUGUUUUUGUGCAUCUCGGAAACUGGAUGCAGUUGCCACUGAAGCAAAGUUCAAGCAGGACCUGGGCUUCCGGAUGCUCAACUGUGGCCGAACGGAUCUGGUUAAACAGGCCAUAGCCUUGCUGGGGCCGGAUGGGAUUAACAGCAUGAGUGAACAGGGCAUGACUCCACUGAUGUAUGCUUGUGUCAGGGGUGAUGAGGCUAUGGUGCAGAUGCUGCUAGAUGCUGGAGCAGAUCUGAAUGCUGAGGUUGUCAGUACUGCUCAUAAAUACCCAUCCGUCCACCCUGAGACCCGCCAUUGGACAGCUCUGACAUUUGCUGUGUUGCAUGGACAUAUUCCUGUAGUUCAGUUGUUGUUGGAUGCUGGAGCAAAAGUAGAAGGUUCCUUGGAGCAUGGAGAGGAAAACUACUCCGAAACUCCUUUACAGUUAGCAGCAGCUGCCGGAAAUUUCGAACUGGUCAGUUUGCUGUUGGAGCGAGGAGCUGACCCUAUGAUAGGAACAAUGUACAGGAAUGGCAUUUCCAUGACUCCACAAGGUGACAUGAACUCUUUCAGUCAGGCUGCUGCGCAUGGACACAGGAAUGUCUUCCGUAAGCUACUUGCUCAGCCAGAGAAGGAGAAGAGUGAUAUCCUGUCACUGGAGGAGAUACUGGCUGAGGGGACAGACUUGCCCGACUCUGCAGCAGCUCCACUUUGUGCCAGCCGCAACAGCAAGGCCAAACUGAAAGCCCUGAAGGAGGCCAUGUACCACAGUGCUGAGCAUGGAUAUGUGGAUGUGACCAUUGACAUACGGAGUAUAGGUGUUCCCUGGACACUGCACACAUGGCUGGAGUCCUUGCGAACAUCCUUCCAGCAGCACAGACGACCCCUCAUCCAGUGCUUACUAAAGGAAUUCAAGUCCAUUCAAGAGGAAGAGUACACAGAAGAGCUCAUCACACAGGGGUUGCCUCUGAUGUUUGAGAUACUGAAAGCCAGCAAGAACGAAGUGAUAAGUCAGCAGUUAUCUGUCAUUUUCACUCAUUGCUACGGACCCUACCCUAUUCCAAAGCUUGUGGAAAUUAAGCGCAAGCAGACCUCUCGCUUAGAUCCCCAUUUUCUUAACAACAAAGAGAUGUCAGAUGUUACAUUUCUGGUGGAAGGAAGACCAUUUUAUGCACACAGAGUGCUGCUAUUUACUGCAUCACCACGGUUUAAAGCAUUGCUGUCUAGCAAGCCCUCAACUGAUAGUACUUGUAUUGAGAUCAACUAUGUGAAGUACCCCAUCUUUCAGCUGGUUAUGCAGUAUCUUUACUAUGGAGGUGCAGAGUCACUCUUGAUUAAAAAUAAUGAAAUUAUGGAGCUUCUCUCUGCUGCUAAAUUUUUCCAGCUUGAAGCUUUACAACGACACUGUGAGAUCAUUUGUGCAAAAAGCAUUAAUACAGAAAACUGCGUGGAUAUUUAUAAUCAUGCCAAGUUUCUCGGAGUCACAGAACUAUCUUCCUACUGCGAAGGCUACUUUCUAAAAAAUAUGAUGGUCCUCAUUGAAAACGAAGCUUUCAAGCAGCUGUUAUAUGACAAGAAUGGAGAAACGUCUGGUCAGAAUGUACUACAGGACUUACAGAGGACGUUGGCCACAAGGAUUCAGUCAAUUCAUUUAUCUUCUUCAAAGGGCUCCAUUGUAUAAAGCUGAGGAAGACGGUAACGCUCUAAUAAAGACCCUGCAAGUUAAGUCUCCUGUUGCAGUUGCUUAAAUGAAUACACACAAAAUAGAUUCUACUUCACAUCCAAAUAGUUCUGUGUUGGCCAAAGGUGCUGCACUGAGACUUCCGCCUCAUUUGGAUGAGGGAAUAUGGAAAACAUAGCUCCUGUAUGCUUCUGAGCAACAGGCCUACCAGAGCGUCCAGUGCAUCGCUGUUGUACCCAAAUUCUGAACACAAAAGUGUAGUCGUGGAGCUGGAUGCCAACAAAAGCCAGAACUCACAUCAGUGAACAGCAGCAGCCCCUGCCUGAACGGUGGUGCCAUGGAACACCCGAAUUGACCAAUUACACAUUUAAAGCAAAUGUUCCAUCGUUUCACAUUUAAGAACUAUAUCUAUCCCGGAGUCCACUAUACACUUAAAAAAAUGUAAGAACUGUUGUUGCUGUUGAGCAAAGAUCGAUUGUGUUAGGAGAGUGGGUAAGACUGUUACAACUGAGGAAAUAUACAUACUGGCAGAUUUUUAGGGGUGGGAACUUUUUAAAUUGUUCAUAAAAAUAAUGGGGUGGCCUUGUAGUUUAAAAACUAUUUCUUAAGCUUAAAAUUUCAUUUUCAACAGAGUUGUGUUUGAGAAUCUAUGUAACAUGUUUUGUUUUUUAAAUGGUUAAAAUGUACAUUGUGUAAACACACAUAUGAUCGAGUUUUGCUUGUAUUCUUUCCUAAAGUGGUAUAAUCUUGCCUACAGGCUAUGGUUACACCAAAGAGGUACAUUACCCAGGCUAUCUCUAAUACAGUAGUUGGGGGGGCAGGAAAACUGCAUGCUUCUUGUGAUUUGGGGUUAAAAACAAUGACAAACUCAACAUGCAUUUGCAUGGUAACUGUACCUGUGAAAUGUUUUGUUCGUGCUUCGUUUUGCCAAGACAAAUGCAAUGUUACUUCUUGUCAAACUCCAUUUGUAAAAUCAGCAUAUUAUUUUACUCAGUGCAGUUGGUUGUGAUAUGAUACCCCCAGAGACCUUCUCGAGAUGCUGAUUUCUGUUUGUUACAGUGAAGGGAUAAUAACAGAUCUUUCUUCUAGUGAUGUGUCGAUACUUUGCUACUGACCAGAGAUUGUGUCCGAGUUAGACUUUUUUAAAUUAUAAUUAAAUAUGUACUAUAGAAUGAUUUCUCACUGUAUCCUGAGAAUGUAUAGGUUAUCUACAAUGCAGGGUUUGGGUGAGGUGGGAUGGAGGGUGCGAUUUAAUGUCCAAACUUCAUUUGUUUUGCAACCUGUUGUUAGCAAGACAGAUCUGCUCCGUGCCACAACAUUCCUGAUGCUCUGUCUUUGAAUAAUGCUUUUCAUGAAUCUUUUGAUUUAAAACACAGAGAAGACCGCAGCAAGAUGCAAGCAAAGAUAUUGCCUUUUCCGUGGCAAAGUGACAUUAAUGUAUUUAUUUUCUAGCAUGCUGUUCAGAAACUGUGCCCAGCUCAUAGACUCUAGAAAUUUUAUUUUGAUGGUGCAUGGUAGCCUCUUGUUCUUCUGUGGAAAUAUCUACGUUAGGUGCUCUUCCAUGUUGAUGGUUUUGGGCAUGCUCAGAAAACACAGAUUUGGAUUUAGUUAUGACUUGAGGUGUAAAGCAUCCCAUGUGGUUGGUCUUUUAAUGCCUUUUAAUUUCUGCAAGAAAGUACAAAAAUGUCUUAACUGAUGCUAAUGUCUUAGAGACACAGCAUGUCAGUCAGUUAGACCAUUUGUUUUCCUGCCUAGCAAAAUAUUCACACAGGAUGUUGUUAGGAACAUUCAGGUCACGACAGCUUUUUGUGAAUGUUGUGAUUGUGGAGAAACAUGACUGUGGCUGAUGGAGCAAUAACAUGCAGGGUGCUUGUUGUCAUUCACUGUGUCUCCUCAUCCAAGGAAAGCCAUCCUUUGUGCAAGGCAGGAGCAGACCUCAUCCAGCAGCUUCAUGCUUUAAAGUAGGAAAGAUUUUCAGACAAUAAUCAUGAUAUUAAAAAUUUUCCCUUGGGUACAUGUGUAGUGUCCAAUGAUGUCAUCAAAAGUUGCACACACGUAUAUCCAUAGGCAGAAUGUCUUUUUCUGGGAAACAAGCACAUAGGUGUACCUUUUGAUAGGCAGUCUGGUGUUGGAUGUUCUAAUGGCAGCCAGAAGUGUUGUGCCUCUGUUUCCAGCUCAAAUAUUCAUAGUGUUUGGUAAGGGGAUAGAAUCCUGUGUGCAUACUUUCUCCUUGAAGGUGAUGUUUUUUGAGCAUGAGUAGGAACCUGCUUUGGACUUACCAGGAAGGCAAUACUGAUAACUCUGCUAGUUGUUCUCCUGAUAAGUUGAAUUGGGACUAUCUGUGGUAAUAUUCACUGUUUUUUAUUUUAGAGAUGAAGGAAUUAAUAUAUUCUUUGGUGCCUAUACAUGAACUUCAUGGACAUCAUGUUUGGGUCCUCCAAGGGAAAAUAAGAGGUUGUGUUGUAGCAGCAGAGUGCCCAUCUCCAGGCUCACACUGCCGUGUCCAUGUGCAGCACUGCUGGUCCACAUGUUGCUGCAUCCCUGUGCUCCUCUGCAGGGUUGUGAGUCUGGGGUAUGACAGAAAGCGUGGCACCCGCUGCCGCCACCAGAUCUGCUUUGCUGGUCUGUAGCAAACAGUAGGAGCAAAGGACCCCAAAUAACCUGUCAUUCAGAGCUGUUGCACGAUCCACCAUCUCCACCAAACCCAUCAUCAGAAAGGUUUCCUGACAGACUGUUCAGAAAUUCUUUGCUGCAAAUCAAAACACUUUUUCUUCCAGCCUCAGUCAAGAGGAAGAACAGAUAAUCCACAGCCUUUUUACAAAAUUAUUCUGCGUAUGAGAGGAAUUAUCAUACCUCCCUCACUUUAAGUCUUCCUUAGUCCUUUCAGGUAAUAUUUUCUAAGCCUCUGAUUUUUGCUGUCUUUCCCCUCAUGUCUUCCCAGCUUCCCAGAAUGUUCUGCUCCUGUGGGGGAUUUAUACAGCAACAAGCAAGGCUCAGAGACUGUCUCAUGAGUUUUACAGAGAGCAUAUCAGAAAAUAUAUCCCAGAAUAUUUUCUACAUCCCGUGGCUGACUUUCAUCUAACCUACCUUGCAUUACAAUUCCUGGGUGACUUACAGCUGCUGUCCCAGGAGUUCCCUUUUUUAUGUGUGUGCUUGUUUACUCCACCUUCCAAAGUUUUAACACUUUCAACUUGUCUUUAUUAAAUUUGUUCUGGUUUAAUUGGGGCAAUUUCCCCAGUUCAUCAAAAUCAAUUUCAAUUCUGAUCCCGUCUCCUGGCUUGUUUCAUAAUCUCCUGGUUUUGUGAUAUGUGGUUUCAUGCAUGGAUUCCCCAUUCCAUUAAUCUGGGGCUGGGGGAAGGGCUCUAUUGUAAAUGUAAUCUAAAAAGCAGUGUGAGUUUCAGUGGGUGCCUGUGACCACCAUCCCUAUCAGAUACAGCUCUUUCCAUCAGAGCUUUUUAUUAGGAAUUUUUAGAGAGAUGGUAUUAUCACUUUAGAAAAUAAAUAGCCUUCUGCUUCUUUAGUCUUUGCACAAGUUGCUAUAAUUUCCAAAUUUUGAGGGGAAAAUAUGGCCUUGAAUCUUCUCCAGCCACUCUAGGUAAAAUGGAAAAAAAUACAAAAUCCUUAGAAAAACGUGUGAUUUUUUUUCCUUCUCUUUUUUAAUAAUAAUUUCCUACCCUACAGGGGGUGAAGGGCUGCUUUGGUUCUUUCCGUGUGCCUUUUUUAUACAAGCCCCACACUGUAUUCUUCAAGCCUUGCAGGCAUCCUAUCCCUGCCUCACUGCAGAUCUUUCCCUCUGCCUCUCCACAGGGACCUCCCUUUGCUUCCAGAAUUUCCUCACAUUUCCACUUUGCCUCAUGUGCUGCCAGCUUCCAAACUUCCCAACUUGUAACUCUGGAGCCCCACUGGAUCCCUUCCCAAGCCCGGAGAUGCUAGCUGCGUUCUCCUGAAUGGGCAAUUUCCCAAGAGCAAGCUUCAGAGCUGGGAAGAGGAUGGGGAAUGUAUGAGGGCAAAGGUUUUGGACAUCAGAGAGGAAGGCUGGUAUUCUUUUUCAGGACAGAUUUCAGCACUGUCUGCUCCUUUCUCAAUUUUUCCCUGCUCUGUUCCUUAAGCCCGCUGUCCUCUUAGCACAGCUGGCAGCCAGAUGCUCUCCAUCCUGGAGCAGGGCCAGCUUUGUAACGGCAAAGACUUUUUCCCAGCUAAAUCUUUGCUUGCUUGGACUCAGUUUCUAAGUAGAUUUGUGCAAACGUGUGUUAAAAGACAGAGGAAACAUUCUUAAAGAGGUGUGGGAGCUUAGUAGCCAGUCUGCUGUUGGCACAGUGAGAGCUGCUUGCUGAACGUCCACGUGCUGCUUUUGACACUGAGCCUCCUGUACUGGCUCCGUACAAAGUGCUGUAUGUGUCCUGGGUGCAGCAUGGUCUGCUGGUGGCUUGGGGGACACAAUGGAGGUUAAAAGGAAAAAAAAAAAAUCCUCAUUUUGUACUGCAGUAAGUUGGUAUGGUGAAAAGAAAGAAUGGGCAGCUUUUCUUCGUCCCAGACCUGCCCCACAUCAGAGGAAGGUUCUGCUAUUGCAGAUUGCCGCUAAGCCCACAGGGACUCAUGUGUGCAGGAUGCUAUUUAAGGGCUUUAUUUUUUUAAUGUUCAAAAGAAAUAGAGGUGUUGGAGUUCACACAUUUACAUCCUUGAGGCAAGACUCGGCCAUCUUAACAAAAAGGCCGUUCCUAAUCCUGUUGUCCAUGGGCUAGAUCCCAGAAGCAGCAGAGGACAUGCAAAGCUCCUAGAAAUUGGCUACAGGUAUUUGCUGCCCCUCAGUAGCUGGCUCUGUUUUUAAAAACUAUUCCAGAAAGGUGACAUCCUGAAGCCUGCAUUCACUAGGGCUGUUCUGAAGUCGGUGGAUGAUUUCUUUUUUUGAUGAACGACAGUUACCUGAAGUCAAAGACUUGAAGUUAGUUUGUUUGACAAAGUGUCUUUCAUGUGAGGAAGGAAGCGCUUUGCAGAAAUGAAGUGCCUGACGUUGCUUUCAUCCCCUAGCCCAGAGAUGUAGGUCUGUUCAGAUACAUAAGCAUAAAAAAGGCUGCUUAGGAUUUGUCCUAAUAUUUAAUAAACCAGCUUUCAGAAAGUUUGCUUUGAAACAGCAGUCAAAUUAAUAUCUGAAACCCCGUCGAUGAGAACAUCACUAAUUUUAGAUGCUUGCAUAUAAGCACUUCUGUAUCUCUAAUUCCUAGCACUUCCAGUCAUGUCUUCCAUGCAUUUAUAACAAAACAAAUGGUGCUUAUUCUUUAACAUCCUAUUAUAAGGCGAGUUUUGUUGUCUUCAGUGGGUGCAAAAGGGCUGCCAGCUCUGAACCAGAUUCCAUGUUUCAGUAGACCUACAGCUUCUAACUGCUCUCCAAGGGCAAAAAGUAGUGAAUGUGAGUCUUGGGCUGAGAGCAAUGAGCCAUGAGACCACUGCUGAAAGUGCUACGAAUACAGUGCCCAAAGCUGAAGGAAAAAAUCUGGAAAUGUGCUGAAGAUAAUAAGCAUUUGUCAGCUGUCUUCAGUGAGCUUAAAAGCUGGAGAAGUAAGCGUUGGGGGGGAGGGGGAGGAGGAACUGGAUUUUUGUUGUUGCUGCCUUUAAAUUGUCAUGCUUUUAGCUUGAUUCGAGACUUCUUGCAUAGAAGCCAUGGAUGGCCUGGUUUAUCUUGCACUGUUUCACACAGAGGGUUCUAAAUGUGGCAGCUCUUGUUUUCCUCAGAUUGGUGUGAUUGGCUACUGUGCUUUGCAAGGGUUGCUUGGCUUUGAAACAGCUGGGAAACAUGGCAAAAACUUGCAGGAGGGGUUGCAUUGGCUCGAUAGCUUAAUUUCUAUGAACAUCUUGUGGCUUUGUGGGCUGUGCUGUUUAGUUGACUCCAUCUAUCCACCUGAUCGUACGUGAUGUGCUGGAACAGCAAUUCUGGUGGGUUUUUUUUUUCCUUUGGGAGGCAUUUUUCUUCCUUCUUUGGGCUCAUAGAUUUAUUUUUUUACCUCUCGUCCUGUGAAGGUGAUGGUGCAGUGUGAGUAGGUGCGCUUAGAGCAGGCACAGGUUUCUGUGUGGGUUGGAUGGCACGGUAAUGAAAAGAUCUUAGUAAGGGAGAAGGAUGGGGUCCAAGAAUUUACAUGCCUAACCCCUGGUCUUUGCCUUGAGUUUUCAAGGUAUGGAGUUCUCUCUAUCCUGCUUCAUUUGGUUUCCAGUUCAGAAUUUCCAUGCAACCAAAGGGGAGAGCAGAGGACAGGAGGAGAGGGGAAAGCAGCCCUAUCUCCCAUCCCUCACCCAGUAUUCCCAGCCAAAUGCUUUGGCUCUGGUCUUUUCAGUUCUCAGGGUUUGCUCAGUCACACUGCUCAGAUGUGGCUGUGGAGCUCUACCAAUUGGUACUGCUUUUUUUUGGCCUUAUAAAUAUCUCCACUGCUGCAGCUGCAAGAGUGAAUUUGCCUGAACUCUUUCGUAUGUGGUUAACUUUGGUCUUCCCACUUCCCAUCAUCUCUGCUGCUGUGUUUUCAUUAAAACUUCCAUUACCCGGCUUUGCCUAGCGCAGUGAGAAGCAAUCUUCUUUCUUACUGCCUUUCUGAAGCAAACAAAGAAAGGGAGAAAAACUCCCUGAAAUACCCAAUCAGAAAUCAUUCAUGGUUUAAAAUAAGCUACAUUAGAAAAUGGAGAUGCUCAGACAAAAAAAAAAAAAAAAAAGAAAAAGAAAGAAAGAAAAAGAAAAAAAGAAAAAGACAGACACAUUAGAAAAGCCAGUUUGCUAGGAGGUCAUUUUAAUUAAUUAAGGUCACAGCCUUCACACCUCUGAUAUUUUGGCAGGGAUGGAUUAUUGAGAUUCAAAACAUCUGGACUUGUUCAAGCACAGGUUUAAGCCAAACCGCCUUGCCCUUUCCCCUUCCCAGCAGUGGACAAAUUGAGUGCCUUGUGGUGUACUGCAUGAGAUGCUUUCAAAUGAGAUUUUCAGAAGUCUGGUUCACUGUGCUUUGUGUUUUUUUAAGAGCCCACAGCACGUCUGUGGGCUGAGGUGGCAGGAGAUAGGAGUGGUGGGAAGCCCCCAAGGUCUCCUCACAAUGGAAGCUACUUCCCUACUGUCAGUGUUCACUCAAUCAGGAACCUUGCUUCACUGAGUCAAACCUGGGUAAAGUACCAAUAAAUAAGUUUGGGGCAGUCGGUUUUAUAGCUUCAGAAAUUAUCUUUGGCUUUUGGUUAUUGCACCAGAGACUGAUAUGCCUGUUGGCAACAUGGUAAAGUGCUCAGUCUUCUUUGAGAUGUGAAUUCACGGUUAUCCAUUGAAUCAUGCAGAAUGACAGAAUCAUAGGGGUUGGAAGGGACUUCUGAAGAUCAUCUAAUCCAACCCUUUGCUAAAGCUGUUUCUUUACAGACAGUAGAUUACACAAGAAAACAUCUAGGUGGGUUUUGAAUAUCUCCAGAGAAGGAGACUCCACAACCUCUCUGGGCAGCCUGUUCCAGUGCUCUGUCACCCUCAAUGUGAAGAAGGUUCUUCCUCAUGCUUGUAUGGAAUUUCCUAUGUUCCAGUUUGUGCCCAUUUCCCCUUGUUCUAUCACUGGGCACUGCUGAAAAGAGCCUGGCCCCAUCCACUUGACUCCCAUCCAUUAGAUAUCUAUAAACAUUGAUAAUAUCCCCUCUCAGCUUUCUCCUCUCCAAGCUGAACAGUCCCACAGCUCUUAGCCUUUCCUCAUAAUGGUGCUCCAAGCCCCUCAUCAUCUCUGUGGCCCUUUGCUGGGCUCUCUAGAAGAUCUCUUUUGUGAACCAGGGAGCCAGACCUGGACACAGCACUCCAGAUGUGGCCUCAGCAGGGCAGAGCAGGGGGGGUUGGCCACGCUCUUUGCAAUACACCCCAGGAUGCCAUUGGCCUUCUGGGCCACAAGGGCACACUGCUGACUCAUGACCAACCUGUUGUCCACCACG